AUAAUUUAUGAAGUACUCCAAACGUCGUCGUUUUAGGGACGGAUAAAAACCAGAAGCAUUACAAGUUAGGCGGAUAACAUUCCCUCUCUGCCAAAAAAAUGGCAACGUGUGCUUCUCUUUUCAGCAAUACCCAGAUAAAAGGGUGGAGGCCUUUAGUGCACAAGAAACAAAAAUUCAACUUUUCUUUCAACUGUCUAAUAAGAAGAAAUCCAAGUGAUGAUUAUCAUGUCUUGCAGUCUAGCAUUCGUUGUUCUGCAGUAAACACUGAACUGUUGCCCACAUAUGCAACCAUUUCAGAGCGCCCAUUAAACAGUUUUGAGGACGUCCAGAACAUCAAUCUCAAUGUAGUAAAAACAUCUGAAGCUACCUCAAAGUUCAUUCAGAGUUCAGUAGUGGCAGAUUUAGACCCUGCCACAGCAAAGCUAGCAAUUGGGUUUUUGGGGCCAUUUCUCUCAGCAUUUGGUUUUCUAUUCAUUUUGAGAAUAGUAAUGUCUUGGUACCCUAAGCUUCCUGUUGGAAAAUUUCCAUAUGUAAUAGCUUAUGCUCCCACAGAACCGAUUCUCGUUCCAACUCGAAAGGUGAUUCCACCAGUCGGAGGAGUGGAUGUGACUCCUGUAGUCUGGUUUGGAUUGAUUAGUUUCCUAAAUGAAAUACUGCUUGGACCUCAAGGGCUUUUAGUCCUUCUUUCUCAACAGGUUAACUAGUGUGCUUAUUGCAUGAGGAGGCAGGAUAUGAAUUGGUCAUCUUUUUUGUAUAAUGUGAUGAGACUUGCAUGGUUGUAACUAUGUGACGAAUUUUUUUUCGAUUUAUUUAACCAUGAGAUAUUAAUGGUUCUUAUAUAUACAUAUAUUUUUAAAAAUA